AUGGCAGUUCCAUUCUGCCGCCUCUCUGGCACAUGUGGAACAGACUUGCCACGAUCCCAAACUGUAAGUAACGGCUCAGGAUUUGAUGAACUUGUACUGAGAUUUCGUAAUGCUUACAAAACCCAGGCCCUCUCAGACUCCUCCAAGAAGCGUUCUGAGGACGGCGGGAUGCGUCUGUCGAGUUUCGAGUUUCGCAGCGUUCCCACAGAGGCACGUGUGUCUGAGGCACAGCUUUUCAGUCUUAUUAAAAACCCAGUGGAAGGCCUAGAAAAUCCCUCAAUGCAGAAUUUAAUAGGUAAGGAGCACUCAGCAGAUACGCUGGACACGAAAUCGGUUGUCCCGUGCAAGGCCGCUCUCUGCAGCAUCAUCUGUAGUGAAGGCAAGCAGCAGCAACUCAAAUGCCCACCAAUUGGUUCUGAUCUCAAUUUCUUUUUGUUGCUUGCAGGUGAACUGCUUCUGCUUUCCAGUGUGAUCUUCCUGCUCCGGGUGGUGUGUGGCUGCCCCACGAGGUGCCAUUGUCACUCACCCUCACGGUCUGUAGACUGCAGCCGGCAGGGUCUGGCUGAAAUCCCUCCCGAUUUGCCUCCUCAGACCCUAACGCUGCACUUGCAAGAUAACCAGAUACACCAGCUCCCUGCUUUUGCAUUCAGGUCGGUGCCACACCUCAGGACCCUGAACUUGUACAACAAUUCCCUUUCAGAUCUGGCCCCUGGAGUCUUCCAUGGACUUCAGCACUUGCAGGUCUUAAACCUAACCCAGAACUCCCUGCAUUCUCUGGAAAGCAGACUUUUCCAUUCCCUCCCACAGCUGCGGGAGCUUGAUUUGUCAUCAAACAACAUAAGCCACCUUCCCAUAUCCCUGGGUAAGCCUUGGGAGAACCUGACGGUAUUUGCAAUUCAACAAAACCAGCUUCAGCAGCUUGAUCGAGAGCUCCUAGAAUCCAUGCCCAACGUGAGGCUUUUAUUUCUCAAGGACAACCUCUGGAAAUGCAAUUGUCACCUGCUCAGUCUUAAACUCUGGCUGGAGAAAUUUAUCUAUAAAGGGGGAAUAACAGACAGUGUCACCUGUGCGUCACCCGACACCUGGAAGGGGAAGGACCUCCUGAAGAUCCCUCAUGAGCUGUACCAGCCCUGCCCUUUCCCUUCUCUGGGUGUGGGGACAUGGGGGGUGCAGCAGCUGGGUUCUGCCCACCGGCCGGGCCCCGGGUCUCCUGAGAGCCCCAGCACGGGGCAGCGAGACCACUCGGAAUGUGAGCUCAAACCCAAGCCGAGGCCGGUUAACCUGCGUCACGCGGUGGCCACCGUCGUCAUCACCGGGGUUGUGUGUGGGAUCGUGUGUCUCAUGAUGCUGGCGGCCGCCAUCUAUGGCUGUACCUAUGCGGCUGUCACAGCACAGUACAAUGGGGGGCGCUUGGCUCAGACGGACGAGCCUGGGAAGAUGGAAGGGAAAGGGCCGCAUGACCUCGCACAAGCCUGA